AUGCUUGUAACCAUAUCGACCAAGGCCAUCCUACGACGCUCAGCAACGCCCGGUCGAGUGGUGUCGAGCGCUUUGUGCCGUCGGACUUUUGCAUCUUCCUCAACUGAUGUCACUGACACACAGAACUUGGUCGAAAAGAUCGUUCAGAAGUAUGCCCUUGAUUUGCCUGAUGGCUACAAAGUCAAGAGCGGUGACUAUGUCUCCAUCCGCCCUCACCACAUCUUGACCCACGACAACACGGGUGCCGUUAUUCCCAAAUUCAAAUCUAUCGGUGCCACCAAGUUCUACAACCCCAAGCAACCUGUCUUUGCCCUUGAUCACGAUGUGCAGAACAAGACGGAUAAGAACCUGAAGAAGUAUGCCAACAUUGAAAAGUUCGCCACGGAACAUGGCGUCGACUUUUACCCUGCUGGACGAGGCAUUGGCCAUCAGAUCAUGAUUGAGGAAGGCUAUGCCUUCCCACACACGUUGACCGUCGCCUCUGACUCGCACUCGAACGUCUAUGGUGGCAUUGGUGCAGUAGGUACACCCAUUGUGCGCACUGACGCUGCUGCCAUCUGGGCGACCGGCCAGACCUGGUGGCAGAUCCCACCCGUGGUCAAGGUUGAGCUGCAAGGCAAACUUCAACCUGGUGUCACUGGCAAGGAUGUGAUUGUGAGCUUGUGUGGUUUGUUUAACCAGGACCAAGUGUUGAACACGGCUAUUGAGUUCCAUGGCGGUGAAGCUUUGUCUGUGGAAGAUCGUUUGGCCAUUUCCAACAUGACCACGGAAUGGGGUGCCUUGGCCGGUGUGUUCCCUGUCGAUGACUUGACCAUUGAAUACCUCCGCAAGCGUAUGCGUCGGAUCGAAUUGACCCAUUUUGAAAACAAGAACUUGCCUCCUACACCCAAGGGAGAAAAGUUUGUCCACCCACGCAUCAAUGACACCACGAUCCAAGCUUUGAUGGAUAACCCGAUCUCGCCUUCGCCUAACGCUACCUAUGCAAAGAAGCUCACCUUGGAUCUGUCGACUUUGAAUCCAUUCGUCUCUGGUCCCAACUCGGUCAAGCUCGCUACCCCGCUCGCCGAAUUGGAGGCCAAAGAUAUCAAGAUUAACAAGGCUUACCUGGUCUCGUGCGUUAACUCGCGUGCUAGUGAUUUGAGACAGGCUGCGGAGGUCGUCAAGGGUAAACAGAUCAAGGAAGGUGUCGAGUUCUAUGUCGCUGCAGCUAGUUCUGAAGUCCAAAAGGAAGUUGAGGAGACUGGUGAUUGGCAGACAUUGUUGGCAGCUGGCGCCAAACCUCUUCCUGCUGGUUGCGGUCCCUGCAUUGGUUUGGGUACCGGUUUGCUCAAGGACAACGAAGUCGGUAUCUCGGCUACCAACCGUAACUUCAAGGGCCGUAUGGGCUCGCCAUCAUCGUUGGCUUACUUGGCUUCGCCUGCUGUCGUGGCUGCUUCCGCUCUUGCUGGCAAGAUCGCCUCCCCUAGCGGUUCCUUGGACCCUAGCGCCCCACUUCCCAAAUUCACCAUUGAAACCGCUCAAUCGAAUGGUGGUGACGACGUCGCAGCUGCCGGCGAACCCGAAGUUUUGCCCAACUUCCCUGCCGUGAUCAAGGGCGAGCUUUUGUUCUGCCAUGCCGACAACUUGAACACCGACGGUAUCUACCCCGGUAAAUACACCUACAACGACGACAUGACCAUCGACGAUAUGCGCAAGGUCGUCAUGGAGAACUACGAUCCCGAAUUUGUCAACAUUGUCAAGCCCGGUGACGUUCUUGUCGGUGGUUUCAAUUUCGGCACUGGUUCUUCGCGUGAACAGGCUGCCACUGCCAUCAAGUCGCGCAAUAUCCAGAUCAUGAUCGCCGGCUCGUACUCGGAUAUUUUCAAGCGCAACUCGAUCAACAAUGCUUUGCUUUUGAUUGAUUCGCCCGAGUUGUCGCAGGAUUUGAAGAACGAAUUUGGUACUGAGUCGUUGACCAAGCGUACGUCGUGGAACGUCGCCAUCCAUGUUGCUGAAGGUCGUGUCGAGGUCAAGAAGAGUGAUGGCUCUGAAAAGACGUACAAGGUCGGUGGUUUGGGCAAGAGUGUCCAAGAAAUUUGGCUGGACAACGGUCUUGAAGGAUGGGUCAAGGAACGCUUGUAA